AUGUCAGGACUCGAGGUUAUUGGCGUUGUGUUGGGUACCAUCCCGCUAAUCAUCUCUGCCCUGGACUCCUACAAAACCGAGAUCUGCUUAGCGCUCAAGAAAACCCAUCUCGAGGAGAAGCAGAUCAUCACACUGAUUGAUGAACAGGGGUUCAAUCUGUUCCAGAAUUCAGAGGUUGCAGAUUCCCUUAAGGAAUAUCUUGGAGAAGACUUUGUAUUGUACACCAAUGCCGUUGCCCGAUGCCAGCAUAUUCUCAACGAUAUCGUCGCCAAUAUCAGCGGUCUUGUAUCAACACUUCAGGUACCCACCAUGUCCGCUCCCAGUAUCUGA